GUACCGCGCCUGUGCAUUACGUAGUUACGCGAAUCGGCUUUCCGAGGUGCUAUUUUUUUGGGUCUUCCUGUCUCCAACAAAAUAGUACAGGCGUUUCUUAGUUCCGCUCUCGUUCGAUUUCUCAUGUCUUAGUUUCGCCGACUUUUCUUCAUUCCACAACCGCUUAGUUCCGCCAACGCCCGAUGGCGUCACACCCACCAGGCGCCGCAGGCGGAGCAGCUGGCGCAGGCGGAGCAGCCGGCGCAGCUCCUGACGGGAAGAAAUCGGUCCCGCCAGCAGCGUGCAGCGGGUGCGGGGCGGCGGGGGGGGACCUAUCGCAGAGCGAGUGCGGACACCUGGCGCUCUGCAAUUCGUGCGGGCGGAGCAUGGCUGAGAAGCAAGCCACGUGUCAGGAGUGCGGCGCGGUUGUGGAAAAGCUAGUUAAGGAGUUCCUAGUGCGCGUUAAACCGGUCAGCAGGGACUACUUUAUCGGAAAAUUUCCGCAGGGGCUGCCCGGGCUGAAAAAAGGGGACGAGCGGGGGUGGUCCAUGAAGAGAGAGGGCGUACCUUCCGGGAAAGUGCUCUCUGAAACGGCACGGGCCAAGCUCAAGACGCGGCCGCUAGUAUUAGAGGACGACACGGGGCAGGCGGCGUACGUGGGGCACAUGGAGGGCGGGUGGCAGCACUCGGCGUACUACCUGCUGGUCAUGCAUGGGAAGGAGUUCGUCGCCAUCCCCGCCAGCCAAUGGUACGCCUUUAGCAAGCAAGCCCAGUACAAGACGCUAACCCUAGAGGAGGCUGAGAUCUGCAUGCAGUCGAAGCGGCGCAAGGCGGACGGGUUCAGAAAGUGGCUAACCAAGGAAGAAACGGAGAAGCUUGCAGCCGGGGGGGGAGGGAAAGAAGGCGGGGGCGGUGGGGGGAGGGGGGGAGGGCGGAAGAAAGGGGGUCUGGAUGAUGGGUUAGGGUCGGAUGACGAGGGAAUGGGGGGGGAUAGGGAGGAGGAUGAGGGGAAGCGGAGGAGGGGACAGGGGAAGAAGGGAGGGGAGGAUGAUGAUGACGAUGUGCCGAAGGAGGAGAUUGAUUUGGAGUUGGAUGAAGGGGAUAAGGGAGAGGACUGGGAGCACGAUGAGCUGUUUUCGGACGAUGACGAGGCGACGGCGAUGCAGCCUGAGGAUAAGGAGGACGAGAAGGAGCAGGAGAGGAGCCCUGCUAAAGAGGAGGAGGUGGAGGAAGAGGAGGAGGAGGAGGAGGGGCAGGGGCAGGAGGAAGGGGAGGGCGGGUCACUAAGCCACUCAGGGAAGGCUCUUAAGAAGCUCUUGCAUAAGGCUGGAAUAGAGGGGGAGGAUGGGGCAGCAGUGGCAGGAGUGGGAGGGACAGGGGAAGAGGAGGAGGAUGACGAGGAGGACCUAGAUAUUGCCUUCUCGCCUAUUUUCCAGAAGGGGAAGGGCGGGGGAGCGGGGGGAGGGGCGGGGGGCAAGGGGGGCGGGGGGAAGGGGGACGGGGGAGCAGCAGCGUCAGUUGCUGCUGGUGCUGCUGCUGCGCUGAGUGCUGCCGCUUCAGCAGCGGCGGCAGCAGCAGGGAGGGGGCUCAAGAGAAAGGAAUCGGAGAAGGGUGCUACUGGGGGAGGUACAUCUGGAGCAACAGCAGGAGCAGGUGGAAAGAAGGGGAAGCUCGAGCCAGGGAAACGCACUCCACCGCUCCCAACCAAGCGGGAAGCAGGGGCGGCUGGGGCAGGGGGUGCUGCAGCAGGCAGGCCAGGGGGAGGUACAUCUGGAGCAGGUGCAUCUGGGGGAGGGGCAGCAGGGCCGAAGCCGACUGCAGUGACAGAGGAUGCAGUGAAGGGCAUCUUGAGGCUGGCGCCCAUUAAGAGCGCGGAUCUGGUCAACCGCUUCCGAUCGUGCCUCAAAACUGCCGAGGAUAAGAAGCGAUUUCAGGAGAUUAUAAAGAGGGUGGGCAAGAUUCAGGCGGUGAACGGAGAGAAGUUUAUUGUGCUGCGGUGAAAUGGCCGGACGGACGGACACACAGGGCAGUCAGUGAGAAGGGCAGAAAAGUUGCAUAUGAUCGACACUGGAUUUUUCUAAUUGUGGUGGGAAAGGGAAUACUGCUUGUACUUGUUAGAAUGCAAGAAUAAUUGACUAGUGUGAGA